AUUGCACUCCAUCACAUUGCCACUGUGGAGAAGUUGCCCAUCACUAACCUGGGCUGUCCCCCGAUCCUCUACUGCAAGAACUUCAAGGUGGCCCACUUUGUUUUAGAUUCUGACAUUGUAUGCCAUGAAGUUUGUAUUUCAUUGCUACAGCUUUCUCAGCCAGCAUUAUCUGAAGAUCUUUAUGUUUUUUCUUAUAAUCCCGAAUAUUCAAAAAAAAUGAGGGAAAAUAGAUGGAAACUGAUUGACCCGAUAUCAGACUUUGGGUGUAUGUGAAUACCCGAAAGGUACUGGACCAUAACAGAUGCCAACAGGAACUAUGAGUUGAAUGCCACAGCCAACCGAGCAGCUGGGAAGGACUAUGAAGAUGAAGACAACUAUGCCAACAUUCACUUCAGGAUUAUGGGCAUUGAAAGCAUCCAUGUGAUGCACAGCAGCCUGCAGAAAAUCUUGGAAGCAUGCUAUGUGAAGGUUGAUUAUGCUGCUUUUUGCCCCUUGUCUUUACAGGCAGUGAAAGUAGAAAACGCUAAUGUCUUAGUCCAUUGGUCUGAUGGGCGGGACUGCACAGUACAAGUCUGCUUUAUGGCCAGCAUCCUCCUAGAUCCAUUUUAUAGGACUUUCAAAGGACUGAAAAUCCUGAUAGAGAAAGAAUGGAUAUCCAUGGGCCACAAAUUCUCCCAACGGUGUGGCCACCUGGAUGGGGACUCCAAAGAAGUGUCCCCUAUCUUCACCAAGUUCCUCGGCUGUAUCUGGCAAUUAACGGAAUUUCCGUGUGUCUUUGAGUUUAAUGAAAAUUUCCUCCUACAGAUCCAUGACCAUGUUUUCUCCUGCCAGUUUGGGAACUUCCUUGGAAAUUGCCAGAAGGAUCGGGAAGAGCUGAGGAUCUAUGAGAAAACUCAUUUCGUGUGGCCUUUUUUGGUUCAAAGGAAGCCAGACUUCAGGAACCGUCUCUAUAAAGGCUUCGCUUUGUAUGGGAUGCUCAAUCCUAGUACUGUGGUCUACAAUAUUCAGUUCUGGUGUGGGAUGUAUAACUGCUUUGACAAAGGGCCGCAGCCCAAGCAGGGUAUGCUAGAGAGCCUUCUUGAAAUUAAGAAGCAGAGAGCAAUGCUAGAGGCAGAUGUGCAUGAACUAGAAAAGAAACCAAAAGCCCGUGGUGAGCUGCCAGAAGAGGUCUGUACCUGCUCAGGGGAUUUAUUAUCCCAGUGUCUAGGAAGUCCUUUGACCAACCCUCUCAGCUUUAUGGGUAUCGACAGAGACGUGAAUACCUUGAUGGAGAACAGCACCCUGUCCAGGGAAGGAGGCCUCCAAGUUCGAAUGGAUCAAGUAAAAAGCCAGCGUGCAGACCUUCACCAUGACUGUUGUGGGAGCAUUGGCAGCCUUAGGGCUAUGGACAUCUCUGAAGAUGUGGGCUUCUCUGGGGUCAUAGGCAUCUCCGAGGCUGUGGGUUUCUCUGCACACAUGGGCAUCUCUGAGGCCAUGGGCAUCUCAAGGGGCAUAGGCAUCUCCAAGGCCAGCCCCAAGGAAGCAGGUUGCUCCAAGCAACAGUGAGCUACUCACCUGCUUCCAUGCUGGAGGUACAUGCAACAGCCACAAUGAUCCUUGUCUCAAAGACGGCUAUACUUCUUUUCCAAAUGCUUU